CAUUGUGCCGCUGCCUCUCCAUUCCCCAAGCGCAAACAAGUCACGGAGGCCCUCAUUAGGAAAGGUGCUAAUUUGAAUGAUAAAAAUAAAGACAUGCUAACUCCUCUACAUGUGGCAGCUGACAAGGCCCAUUUUGAUAUCAUGGAUAUACUACUCAAGCAAGGUGCUAAGGUGAAUGCUAUAGAUCUACUUGGUCAGACAGCACUACACAGGGUGGCUCAACAAGGGAACAUGCAGGCCUGUAGACUCCUACUCUCAUAUGGUCUAGAUUCAUCCAUAGUAUCACUACAGGGAUACACAGCUGCCCAGCUUGCCCCUGACAAUAUUGCAAAAAUGCUUAGAG